UGGUCUGCCUUGUAUGGGGGUUUUAACCUUUUUCGGACCAUCUUUAUGACUUUAUUUACAAUUUUUAUUAUCACUAUAACUGAUAUCAUCAUUUAUUGUUCUCGCCAUUGAUUAUGUAGACAUAAAUAGAGGAUAUUAUAUGUUGACGAGAAGAGAUGAGUUUUAUUUUCUAGUAAAAUGCGCUCGUUCGUAAAAUACUGUUUUACCAAGAGUAAGUAAGUAGUAGUAAGUAAAAUUCAUAUUCCCAAGCCACCGAGUAAUUUUGUUUUUAUGAUAAAGACAAACAACCACGGAAAAAAAAAGCGGGAAAUUACGUCAUCGAUUUCUUCAGUGGUGAGGAUAUGGAAAAUGCGCCACUGAGGUCCCUGAAAUAGUUUCAAAUAAGUUUUACGAGUGGUGUAUUUUCCAGUAAAACACUCGUGUCUAUUUAACCAUUACUCCACGAGCGCACGAUGGAUAUGAGAGGAUAGAAAGGCAACGAGGUGCGUAGUGCCGAGUUGGCUAGUCAUCUCAUGUCCAACAGUGGAAUAAUUGCUCUAUUCGCCAGAAUUUCCCGGUGGUUCAAAGCUACCAGAGAGCUAAUUUUAUUGUUUACACAGUUUGCAUUUUGUUCAUCGCUUAAAAGAGAGAAGGACACACGAUUGUAGACGGGUGGUAUAUCUUGAGAGAGAGUUUUCACAAAGUCAUUAGUCUCGUGUUGAAUCCCCAGUCGCUUUCCGUCAACGAUUUAAAACUUGAAAUGAUUUGCAAUUUGGCUUCAGACGAAUGACAUCCGCUUCAGAGCGAUAAUAAAGGAAGUUCCAAAAUUGUUGUUUUUAACCGCUAAAUCCGUUAGCACUGGUAACGAGGAACCACAGAAGACUAAAACAGAUACAAACUACAACCCAGAAAAAAAAAGUCAAGACACCAAGCAAGUUCUCCCCUUCUCCCACUUACAAUGGUCAUGAUAAUCAGAUGAUUUUUUCCCAUUUUGUUGAAAAAACGCGACAUUUUCCAACAUUGACUAGGGGGGAUAGGGGAUACGUGACACAGCUCAAGUGUGCCAACUAUUUUUGGCCGGGAUUGUAGGUGGAAGCUGAAAUAUAGCCUGCGUGUAGACAUCUACUAUUUCCUUUCAUGCGUGAAAGGAAAUAGUAACCUUUUAACCGAAACAGGAAACAAAUACCGUUAUUUCCUAAGGUCUGUAAACUUUAAGUCUUUUUGUGUCUACAAAAUGAGACACCUGAAAAAUUUCAUGCUCUUUAUAAAAUGUAUUGUUCACUCAACGAGCAUGACGAGAUCUCAACAUUUCUAGUGCUUCAGGACACUUUUUGAACUAUUUGUUUUUUCCUGUUUCACCUUGUGUUUGCAAUCAAAUGCUAUGAUAAAUAACAAGAUUUGCGAGGCUUUACCUUAGUUUUUACAUUUUACCACACAAGUCAUUCGGCCAAAAUUCCAAUGGCUUAUAUAUACAUGUAUACAGUGAAUGAACUCAAGCUCUUCUACUCCGUGUCGUCUUGACGUUCAAAUUUUCGGAAUAAUCGCGAGUACUCGUGCUAGUGUUUGAUUGGACAAUAAGAAUCGGUAGCUCAAUUUCACAGGAAGAACUUAUUCAUGUCUACCCUAUUUCUGGAGAGAAAGAACAGAAAUAAAAUAUGGAGGCUUUCAAUAAAACCUACAUGCCCGGGCACAUAUAAUAAAGACCAAUUACCAAGUAAGCCACUGAGAGCUUAAUCUAGUUAAAAAGUAAACGUCGCAAAUAUCCCUAACAUAAUAUGAUAUGACACCGCACGCUGUGAAAACGUAGCUUCACAAGCCAAGCUGACACUAGACUAUCUCAGUGAUAUUCCUCCGGCAAAGCUGAAACAGCACCUACUUGGAGGAGCGCGGAGUAUAAAUCUUGAAGCAAACUAAGAAAACUUAUUUUAAAAGUCGACAUGAGUAGCAGCACACUGAUAGAGGUGUUUGGUCAUAUCGUGUUCAGUUUUACACGAGGAGUUACAGAGCACUACAAUCCACAAGAACCUGAAUACACUGCAGAGUCUUUUGGCUACGAUCCUCUACAAAGCACAGGUCGAGAAUGGUAUUAUCAUCCUGUUGAUGAGUUUAUUUAUCAAGAAUACAGCGACAGAGAAGCCACAAGCUUGGACUAUCUGGCGUCUAGCCGUCUCGAUAUAAAGGUUAUAAACGCAUGCUCUCCAGACCAAAAUGAAGAAACACUGGAAGAUCAACAAGAUGAAGAUAGAGCAAUGGCUUGGAAGCGACUCAGACCAUCCGCUCUCCGUACAGCUUGUAAAUCAAUGUACAUUGGAGCUUCGAUUUCUCUACUAACUGCCAUCAUCAUAGGUUCAGCAUACUUGCUGAUCACUUAUCUUUCUUACAAAACUAAACUCGCCUGCCAGUUUUCCCCAAAGACGUUAAUUCCAUUACAUGUGCAAUGGCUGAGAACAAUCUGUGGUAUAAUCUCAUGUGCUUUUAUUUACAUGUGGUACUUUGCAACCACACUAUUCCUUUUUCGCCCAUACCAGUUGAUGGGGGUGAAAAGAAAACUCUUUCUGGUUUGUUACCUCGGCUUUUUUCUAGAUGUCGUUUAUCGUGUGGCGCUACAAGCCCUAGAAUUAUCUCAUUCGAAGAUUUCAUUGCUUCAAAAGAGUGUACUCGACAUCAUAUUUUUUCUGAGUGUAUGCGAACAAAUCCGUCUUCUAACAAGUCACUUCCGUAUGCGGCGGUCAAGAAGACAGCAGGUGACUUUUGUGAUACAAAUGAUUCUACCCGGUUCUUUUUGUUUCCUUCUUGGUACAAUGCUAGUGACUUUUAUUUACCCAGCGUACAACAAACAGCACAAGGAAGGCCAACUGUUAAUCGCACUCUUCGCUCCUAUCAUUGGAGUCAUAGUCAAAGCGAUCGCGCGAAUUUCCGUUCAGCGGUUAUGGAACAUAACCCAUCCGGGUUAUUCCUAUGCCUUGUUGGUCCCGUUGUAUUUUGGCUCAGCGGUUAUGUUUCGAGUAUUACAGGCGGAUCUUAAUAGUGUGGAAUCUAUCGCCAUUCUUGGACUAAUUCACGGCUCAGCAGAAGUUAUAGAACGAAGCACCAUGGUUAUAUUUGAUCACAUUUCCCAUAUGAUUUGGAAAAGAACAUCAGCUCCUUGGGGAAGUUUUCGUACUCCUCGCCGUGAGAGACUAAUGGCUGAUAUCGCUAUCAUGAGCAUGUUGUAUGAAUCGACUGCAAUAGUGGCCGUUAAUGGAUUUUUGCACUUUUAUCAGUUAACUUACCUACACAAUGAUUCCCUAUUGAAAUUGCUGCAUUCUUUUGCGAUUCGAACUUCAGUUCCGCUGGUGAUCGAGUGGUUUUUCACCAGCGUGUCUCUAGCGAUCGAGACUCGCUAUCAGAAUAUGGCUGUAAUGGCUGUUUGGCGAAGAAGAUGGAAAAGGCACAUCUUGGUAGCAGCUGUAAAUGCGGUGCCUUUAGCACUGUGGACUAGUACUAACCUCAUAGAGGUUGUACAUGGACGUUUUCAUGAGACUAACCAGCCUUGCAAAAUGCCGUUUACUUGAGAGUAGCAACGCAAUAAACUACGGCAUCAACGAGGGCAUAUUUUUCAUUUUUGCAUUAACUAAAGGAAAAUUGUAGAAACUGCACUCAUGAGUAAAUUUAGUAGAUAAAGGAUUCUGUUCUACGCGUCACUUGAUUUUGUUUAGGAUGCAAGAUGUUUACUUCGCACUUCAAACUGUAGUUUCCUAGUUCCCAGGGUCUCUCUUCUUUCCGUUCCCAAGAACAACCGAGAGAUAGAGAGGCAACCCUGGAAACGAGCUUGAAGUAUUUUCCCACAAGGAAAGCAUCUACGCUACUUUUACGUUACAAAGCUUUAAGGGAGGAUCAUAGACACUCUUAAACACUUAAGGCUCAAGAUUACAAGGUACAAGAGUGUACAAUCUGUUGAUAUAUUUAUGCUAAGUAUAGUUUACAAAACUAGCCCAAAAUUUAGCUCGAAAUGAACCAUUGCCACUACAGUAGAUAUUUCAUUACUAAGAGUUUGAGAGUUCACACUCCUACAAAAUAUUUUACCGAUUGCUGUUUUAGGUGACUUUUUCUUUAUAGAUAAUGUCACCAUAAACAUUGUCACAUGGUAUUAUAUCACCAUGGUUAUGUCACGUUACAUAAUGUCACGUUAUAUUAUGUCACGAUAUAUUAUUGUUAAACAAGAUUGAGUUAUGUCACGAUAUUUUAACACGUACUUUAAAACGUUACAUCACGAUAUUUUAACAUGUACUUUAAAACGUGAGUCAAAAUCCUGUGACAGUUUAAGGUGAAAAAAAUACAACAUUAAUUAAAUAGAAAUGAUACAUGUAGGGACAGUGUCUCUGCUGGUUAUCGAAAUUUCAUGUUCUGAAUUUCUAUAUUGCUGACCUCUUUCAAAUAGUUACAAAAAUAAAUUGGACAAAAAGAUUCUAUGGAGAAAAUACAACACAUAUUUGGGGAGAAGUGCAGGAUCAUAAGGAUGAAGAAAGUUCAUCGAAGUUGACUUUGUGACAGUUCAUGUAUACCCGUGAAGAAAUCAAAAUUGCCACUCUGGAGAAAUUUUCAAUAAUUAUUUUAAUCUUUAGUUGAUACUAGUUACGAAUUAUAUAGGCUUCUGGAUAAAUUUUGGACAAAUACUUUGUCUACAGUAUCGCCAUUAAUACAGUCUUAGCAGUUAUUGCUACAUGUAAGACAAAAAUUAAUAUUGGAGUUAUUCCAAAUCUUCUUUUUCAUAGAUCUUCCAGAAUACUACAGCAGCAUGUACUCAAGGCGAAGUGUUUUAUCAAAGGGCUAAAAAUAAAGUUACA